UUCGGGAACAGAGCCACCGUAUAUGAAUUCGGGGCGAAAGGAAAAUGAGAAAACAUUAACCUCGAAAAACAGGGGGUCGUCACUCUCUCUCUCGCACGCCCCAAGCCAACCCCAUUUUCCCUCCUUGUUCUCUCCGACUGCCGCUCCCCCACAACCCAAUUCGCGAACCACCCCCAUCCCUCCUUUUCAAUUUCAAUUUCAAUUUCGUCUCGACCCAACCAUGAACCUUCCAAAAUGACCCGCACCCGCCACUCCCGGAGCCGGAGCCCGGAUCCAGAAGAAGACUCCAAGCCCACAACCUCCUCCUCCUCCUCGUCCGGCGGGGGAACCGCCAUGAGGGUCAUCGUCCCUCUGCAAGGGGUCGUCCAAGGCAGAGGAGGCCUCGUGCUCGGCUCCGUCAUACCCUGCGCCCUCUUCUACUUCCUUCAGCUCUACCUCAAGAGGAACAGGUCGCGGAAGCCUCCGCCGCCGUCUCCUUCGUCCUCGGCGGAGCACCUGCCCGAGGUACCCGGGCUGCAGAGGACCCUUUCCCGGGCCCACCUCUCACCCCGGGGUCCGGGCGGGCCAGCUCACGUGUCGGGCCGGGUGAAUGCGAUUCUGAGGAGUGGGGAUUCGCCGGAUAGUGUUGGGGAGAAAAAGUAUUUGGAGGAUACUUAUGAUGAGAGGAGUAAUCCAGAUGGGGUUAUUCAGCUUGGUUUGGCUGAGAACAAGGUGGGUUUGGAUUUGGUUCGGAAUUGGAUGGUGGAGAAUGGGAGGGGGGUAAUGCUUGGGGAUGAGUUGAGCAUCAGUGGAAUUACAAAUUACCAGCCUUUUGAUGGAUUGAUGGAGUUGAAAGUUGCUGUGGCAAAAUUCAUGUCCCAAGCUGUUGAAGGAGCAGUGUCCUUUAACCCGUCACAGAUUGUGCUGACAACAGGUGCAAGCGCUGCUAUUGAGAUGCUUAGCUUCUGCAUAGCCGAUGCUGGAAAUGCAUUCCUAGUCCCAACUCCAUAUAAUCCCAGCUUUGACUGUGAUUUGAAAUGGCGAAGUGGAGUGGAGAUAAUACCAGCCCCUUGUCGUAGUGCUGAUGGCUUCAGUUUAAGCGUUACUGCUCUUGAUCGUGCCUUCAGCCAGGCAAAGAAGCGCGGGGUAAAGGUUCGUGGGAUUGUAAUCUCAAAUCCAUCAGAUCCUGUUGGGAGUCUGCCAAAUCGUGAGGCUCUUUAUAGCCUUCUGGAUUUUGCCACUGAAAAGAACAUCCACAUAAUCUGUAACGAAGUGUUUGUUGGGUCCACUCAUGGCGAGGGGUUUUUAAGUAUGGCUGAAGUUGCUGAGUCAGAAGACUUUGAUCGGAGCAGAGUUCAUAUCGUUUACAGUUUGUCGGAGGACCUGUCUCUUGUAGGGUUUAAUGUGGGUGUCGUGUACUCCUUCAACCAAAAUGUUGUGGCUGCUGCUAAGAAAUUGGUGAGGUUCUCAUCAAUCUCAUCUCCGACCCAGCGCGUGCUUGUCUCUCUGCUUACUGACACUAGAUUUACGCAGAACUUCAUCAGGAUCAGCAGAGAGAGGCUUAGAAAAAUGUGCAUGGGGUUCAUUGAGGGAUUAAAGCAAUUGGGAAUUGAGUGCAUGACAGGUAGUGGGGGUUCUUACUGCUGGGCUGAUAUGAGUGGGUUGAUUCGAUCAUACAGCGAGAAAGGAGAGUUGGAGCUUUGGGAUAAAUUGUUGAAUACAGCAAAGAUCAAAGUCACUCCUGGAUCUAUUUGUCACUGUAUUGAACCCGGAUGGUUCCGGUUUUGUUUCACUGCAUUGACCGACAAAGAUGUUCCUCUAGUCAUGGAACGGCUUCAGAAGGUUGCCGAAACUUGUAAAUCCCGCAGUUGAAAUUUGUUUAUCAAUUUCAAUCUA